ACCAGUUGGUUCUUGCUUAGUGCUGUGUGGCGAUAGGAGCAGAGACAAAACAGGAAAGUAGGCCUAAGGAUCCUUUUUCUCCCAAGACUUGGUCUUUUGCUGUUGCAUCUUUUACUUCUACAGCUUCACUCUCUUGCAGCUACUAUGCUCCACCUGACAGCAAUGCGCGUGGGAAGCCUCCUGGCCAGGCGCGCGACAACGGCCUUGACCAGCAGCAGCGCGAGGAUGGCGACUCACGGCCACGGUACCGGAGAGUUGUCUGAGACUGUGGACAUGUCUCAACCAACGUACUGGGAGAGUGUGAUCGUCCCUCUGCCUGACAUACCCUACAAAAAUGAGCUGACUGCUGCUGAUAAGAGCCUGAAACAGAAGGAGAAAGGACCCUGGAGCCAGCUGACCAAAGAGGAGAAGAUUGCCUUGUAUCGGCUAAUGUUCUGUCGAACGUACCCAGAGAUGAGGCGGCCAACAGGAGAGUGGAAGACGGUCAUGGGUGGUAUCCUCUUCUUUUUGGGAUUCACCGGCCUGGUGGUCUGGUGGCAGAGAGCCUAUGUCUACCCCACACCUCCCAGGUCAUUUGAUGAGGAGUGGCAGGCCAAGCAAGUAAAGAGGAUGUUGGACAUGAGGAUCGGCCCCAUCGAGGGCUUAUCUUCUAAGUGGGACUAUGAGAAGGGCCGGUGGAAGUAAAGAGGCAGCUGGACUGUGGCUGAGGCGGUACAAGGCUCGGACCUGCCACCUCAGAGCUUCAUUCUGCUAUGUGAAGCUGCUGUAUUUGCAAUACAACUUUCAAAACCAUUUGCAGAAUGCAGCUUAACCACUACCCGCCUUUCUGGGAUCAUUUAACUCUGUGCCACCUCUGGCCCUCAGCCAACAGCCUCUGCUCCCUCAGCACCUUCUGUCAUGGUGAUAACCGUCCAUCUUUGUGCAACCAUCUAAUAAUAAAGUUUGCUUACGUCUCUUUCCACCUCUUA